UAUAAAUGACUAAAAAAACGUCUGCUUCUCGUUUUUACACUCGUCUUGACUUUGUCAAUGAAAUUUGUCAGUCGUUAGCUUUGGAAGUUUUGGAAGAAACACACUGAAUGAGGAAUUGGAAUAAAGUCUCCUCAUACAGGCCAACAGCUGUGUUGUAAGAAAGAAGCAUAUAGUUUGCCCUGACUAGACCAUCCUGCAGUAGCGGACACUCAUCAUGUCUCUUGCGGAUGAGCUUCUUGCAGAUUUGGAGGAGAUUGCAGAGGAGGGGGAGGAGCUAGAGGCCAUUAAUGAGGAGGAUGAAGACAUUGAAGAUGUACAAGAUAUCGCCAUGGACAUUGAUACUAGGGUGGACUCGAUCAAGUCUAUUGCUAAGCUCAGACACAGCAAAGAGUUGGCAAACGUGAUGACCCAGAUAGAACACUUUCAAGAAAAUCCUCGCAAAGAAGAAGUUGUUGGUCCUGUAGAAGCUGAUCCAGAGUAUAUGCUGAUUGUUGAAGCUAAUAACCUGAGUGUGGAGAUUGAUAAUGAAAUCAAUAUUAUUCACAAAUUUGUAAGAGACAACUAUCAAAAACGGUUCCCUGAGCUGGAAUCACUGGUCCCAACACCACAAGAAUACCUCAGAACAGUUCGGGAACUUGGCAACACCCUUGAUAACACCAAGACAAAUGAACAGCUCCAAGCCAUCUUGACCAAUGCUGUGAUAAUGGUUGUGAGUGUAUCAGCCUCUACCACUCAGGGGACUGAGCUAUCGGACGAGGAACUAGCCACUGUCUUUGAAGCUUGUGAUAUGGCAUUUGAUUUGAAUGAAGCCAAGUCAAGAAUCCAAGCCUAUGUAGAAUCUCGUAUGUCCUUCAUUGCACCAAACCUGUCUGCUAUAAUCGGAUCAUCAACAGCGGCCAAGAUCAUGGGUGCUGCUGGAGGGUUAACCAAUCUAUCUAAGAUGCCAUCCUGUAAUAUAUUGGUCCUUGGAGCACAGCGUAAGACACUAUCAGGCUUCUCUAGUGUAGCCACAAACCCACACACAGGUUACAUCUACUACAGUGACAUUGUACAAGCAACAAAUCCUGAUUUGAGAAAGAAAGCAGCCCGCCUUGUUUCAGGGAAAUGCACCCUAGCUGCAAGAGUUGACAGCUUCCAUGAAAGUCCUAAUGCCACCAUUGGUUUCAACCUCAAAGAGGAUAUUGACAACAGGUUAGCUAAGCUGCAGGAGCCUCCUCCACCCAAACAGGCUAAGGCAUUACCUGCACCUAUCGACGUCAGCAGGAAAAAACGUGGUGGAAGAAGAGUCCGUAAGAUGAAAGAGAAGCUAGGAAUGACAAGUAUGCGCAAGGCGGCUAAUCGCAUGUCAUUUGGUGAGAUAGAGGAUGAUGCUUAUCAAGAGGAUCUGGGCUUCUCUUUAGGGCAAGUUGGCAAGGGUGGAACCGGAAGGAUACGAGGUCCGACUGUCGAUAAUAAAACACAGGUCAAGAUAUCCAAGAGUCUUCAGCGCAAGUUACAGAGACAACAGACACAUGGAGGGAAGUCAACGGUAAGAGGCCGUGAGACAUCUGGUACAGCAUCCAGUGUGGCGUUCACACCCCUACAGGGUCUGGAAAUUGUGAAUCCGCAUGCAGCAGAGAAGAAGAACUCGGAGGAAAGUGUCGGAUAUUUCUCAACAACGACAGGAUUUAAGAAAGUAAUGUCUGCCGCAAAGUGAUUUAAGAGAGAACCUCUUGUUGUAUUGAACAAUCCAAAGUUGACCAACUAUUUGGAACUAUUUAACAACACAGAUUGCAUAUAUGCUGGCAUGACUGUGCACAGAACUAACUACAGACUGUGGCUAUUCACUACAUGACUUUGUAUUGCUGGCUGGCAUAGUGUAUCUAUCACUCAAAACCAUGUAGAUGAUGUUUGUCAUGCAGUAGGAAGGUUGACUGUGUACUUUAUAGAUGCAUUCGCCACAUGAUAUCAUAGUACGGAUAUGUAUCGUCAGGUAGUAGGAGGGUUGACUUUGUGCUGUGUAAAUGCAUUUACUACUUGAUAUCAAUUGCCUCGGAAGCUGAUGUUGCUACACAUAGUAGCAAGCUAUGCCUUCUGUGUCCUCAUGGAAUAGAUCUUCGGCAUACUAUCACCAUCUUGGCCAUGUUCCUUGUAUCCCGUAACAGUAAUGAGUGUUAAUCUUCAUUGGACAAAAAGGAACCAGACUAUUUAUCCUUCCAGCCUCGGUUUAGUUACAUGAAUGGGACAAAAUCAAAUCUAUACAAGGGCAACUUACCCUUCUUUUGAUGAUCAAGUUUUUUCUUGCUAACUUUGAUUUGGGCCCAAUUUCAUAGUGCUUCUUAAGUAGCAGAAAGUGCUUAAUAAUUUUCUUCUGUGCAAAAAUGAGCAGGAUAUUAUUUUAUUAAUUAGCUGCGAAUUAUAUUUCUUUUGAACAAAAUAUCAAAAAUGCUGAAGUUCAUGGCAAUGCUUGCUGCGAAAUUCUGCGCUCACAGCUAUUCUGUUUAGCGCAGAUGUCUGUGCUACCGCCCUUAGAAUCAUGCACUUUAAACGGCACAAAGGUGCACAAUUUUGUGGUGAUUAGUGCCUGAAAUUUUGCCCAGGUUUGGACAAAACUGCGUCUUGAGGCAAUUUAUAUUAAGUUAUACAAAAAAUCUAUUUUGUACAGAGAAGUUGUUAUUGUACUUGGGGCGUAUGCUUUUUAUGUUUUGAAGGCUGCAUAUUUUGGUUUCAUAGCAAUAUUUUGUUUCCAUCUUAGAUGGUGUGACCACUGGUGCCAGUCAGUUGUUCAAAAGAAAUCUGUAAACUUAUUUGUAAAGGCAAGGUUUAAUGCCUACUUAUAAGCAUAAUUAUUAGGCCUUAAGGCAAAAUGUAAAAAAAAUACCAGUUGAUCGUCCCCUCCCUCAUCCUGUUUUGAGGCGCAUCCUUUUUUUUUUCUUUUUUUUUUCUUUUACAUUUUGUUGUCUUGAUUAACUUAAUAAUCUUUUAAGAAUUUGUAACUACAAUAAGUAAGUGGUGACUUUAAACAGAAGAAAGUUGGCCAGUUUGAAUUAAAAUGCUUGGCGGCCACCUUCGAAAGAAAUUAAAAAAAGAAAGAAAAAAAAAAGGCCCUCAUUCUCCUCUUUUGGGAAAAACCGGACGAUCAACUGGUAUUUUUUUUAACUUGGCCAAUCUUGAUACAAAUUCAUUUCCAAAAGAUCAACUUUGCAGUCAUUUACUACAAUUUUGUCCUUUUUCAGAGUUUUAUUAUUUUGGGUAAAUUUCCCUGGCAAAAACAUUCCAUAAAGUUUACACUGUUGCAACUGGGGCCCACUCAUUUUGUGCUUAAGCAGAGAAUUUGUCAAGCAGUACUUUCGGUAUAUAUUUCGUUUGGGGUAAAAGAUGGGCCCUGGGCCCAGUCUCACAAAGCAUGGAAGUGUACAAACUUAUUAAGGACAGAAGGAUUUUGCUUAGCAGAAAUAGGUUACCAGCCAAAAUAGCAUAGUUUACAUUGCUGCAACUGGUACUCCACGCAAUGCUUGCCUAGCACAAAAAAAUUGCUGAUGAGGUCUAUAGCAAUAGGGACGAAUCUUGUUAUAAAUAAAACUUAAUGCAAAUGGUCCUGUUACUGUCAAGGAUUCGAUGAAGGAUUGUGUAUUACUGCAAUCAGAAUAAACAAGUUAUUCAAUUGUUUUGUUGUACAGUAACAUUGAUAUAAGCCUUGAAGUUCUUAAUGCCUUGUA